UUCCCUGUCAUUUGAUCCCAAUUCCCGGGUUGCUAUGGAUCAAUCUGUACAGCGCGUCUAUGUAGAGUACCGUCUCCUCGGCAUUCCUAUGGAAACCACAGAGACACCACUUUCUCUUCGGAAGCCUAUUGAUGGAGAGGAAAUUCAUUACAAUUUCUUAAGAGUGAUCUACGUUGAUAGCGCAGACUCUGCACCACUCAGACACUACCUGUAUACUAUGUUGGAGGGAACGGACCCCAAUAAGGGAAGGCUGAAGUUCACUGUUGUGAGUGAGCCACUAAAUGAAGAGGAGGAGUGUGUUGAUGUGGGAUAUGCUUAUCUGGAUUUAAAGGAGCUACUGUUAACUGGGAAUGAUAUCAUGGAGAAGCCAAUUGAUAUUUUAAGCAUGAGUGAAGACGAAGAGGUCAUGGGUCAACUUAAAGUCUCCUUAGAAGCAGCUACAGCCCUGAGUGGGAUUUACCAAGAAUACUUCAGAAGAGAAGGAGAUGAGAGUGAAGAACUGUAAAGCCUACGUUAAGCCUACAGUUAACCAAGGGGAGCAGUUUUACAUACAGUAUAUGAAGAGUAUAUCUGAAAAAAACCCUACGCAAAUCUCAUAAAUGCAAAUACUCCGUCAAAACCACAUCUACUGAAGGAGGAUUUAUACUCUUUAUAUGAUUGAGAACUGCUAUCCUAGCCUGACUCCGCCUGUCUACGCACUUCCGCUAAAUUUCACUUCCCUUCAGUACUCCGUCUGGGAUCCACUUUCGUUUACUCCGGCAAGUGCACCUCUGCCCAAUCAGAGAACAGAGGGCGUUUCCGAGAGCGAUUACAUUUAGGUUUCAAGCCUAUCGUUAUCACUGUGUUCCCCGUAGUUAACGUACAUCAUUACCUAAUGUUAGUGAUUGAACUCCAAUGAUUUCAAACUUCAGACGAGCGUCCACAAACCAGGAGAUAAACGUUUACGAAUGGAUCUAGGCCAGACUGUCUGCGAGGAGAGUUUGGUCUCCAUUCUUUUUAGUAGACAAUUCCUUGUGGUGCUCCAUACUAAUAAUCAAUCAGGAUAGUGAAAGGACUGAAGGCGGGGUAAGGCUGAUCUCAUUUAGUUAAGUAGAUGCUGAACAGAAUACGAGGGGAAGUCUAUUAUUUAUUUCUUGCAAAACCAGUUUGUGAAUGCUUUGUCAAUAAACAGUUUUUCGAAACUCUUUUUGUCUCACUCUCCCUGUUCCUAUUAUGAAAAUUAGGCACACAGGAUUGCUCAGGUUCAUGCUUAUUGGA